UGUGGUUUGGUUCGGAGUUUUUCGACGCUUUGGAAACCAUUUUUAAUACAGAAUGAAUGAAAUGUUCUCCUAAGAUGGAAACCAAAGGAGGCUCGAAGAAUCAUACUAGCAUUGGACCUAUAAAUUUGAGUUAGAUAUUUAGGAUUUGAAGCGUGGGCUGGACAUUCAUUUGCCAUUUAUAACUCGUGGAAAUAUUGAGAAUUCAUCCCCGAACCAAGGGGACGCAAAACUCUUGCUUCUGCGCUACGUAUUUAUAGGAAAAGAUGGCAGGGAUGCGAGCACCAUCUUCGCCACCACCUCCUGAUUUAUCUCAUCUGACCGAAGAGGAGAGGAAUAUUAUACUAGAAGUGAUGAAUCGACAGAAAAACUUGGAGCAUCAAACCAUUGAAAUGCAAAAGCAAAUGAUGAAAGAAGUCGCGACGUACGAAAAUCAACUCGAAAAAAAGACAGACCCCAAAGUUAAAGUCACAGAUCCGAAUGUAUGUGAGAUUUGCCUAAAGACUAAAUUCACCGAGGGAACGGGCAGAGAGUGCAAAUAUUGCAAACUAAAAUGUUGCUCGCGUUGCGGAGUUGAAGUUUCCAUCCCAGGAGCAAAACAGACAACGUCAGCACCUUCUCAAGGCUUCUCUCUUAUCUCCAACCUCAUUCAAGACUUCAAAACUCUAGCUCUUGGCCCAGAGGUUCACUGGUUAUGUCUUGUGUGUAAAAAGAAACAAGAAGUAUUAACAAAGACAGGGUCAUGGUUUGGACCUAAAGACCCUAAUAUGAAAGCAAUAGACGACCCUGCUUCUCAAUUUGGUAGUGACUUUAAAGCAAUACCUUCAGAGGAGGAUAAAAGAGCCAUGCGACGACAGGGCUCAGCCAGAGGGAAUUUUAGAAGGGGUAUGGAAAAUGAAACUGACAGAGCGAGAAGAAUAGAAAGUGAACGUCAGAAUUAUUUACGGCGGCCGUCAUUAUCGGAUGAAGAAGUUGAAUCAAUUCAAAAUGCCCCAUACGGACAAUACUAUAGUGAUGACGAAGCAUCAAGGUAUGGUGAUCAGAGAGGUAGAAGAAAAGUAACAUUUCAUGAUGAAAAAAUGAAAAGACAUCCAGGAGGAAUGCAACCAAAUCCAAUGCACCCUCAAGGGCGUGGCAGCAAGGGCCCCUAUUUCCCUGAUAAAGGAGGUAAACCAGGUAUGGGACCUCCUGGACAAACGCCAGGAAGAGGAGGCCCUGCCCAAGGUGGACAACCUGGAUCCCGCCAAGGGUUUCCUCCACAGCAGGGUCCAGGUGCCAGAGGGUACCAUCCGCAACAAGGGCAACCUCCAGGGGGUAGGGGUUAUGGCCCUCAGCAGGGGCCACGCCCAAUGGCUCCAGGUUCUCAACAAGGAAUGCGCCCUCAUCAACAGCAAGGGCAACCUCAAGGGGGUAGAGGUUAUGGCCCUCAGCAGGGGCCACGCCCAAUGGCUCCAGGUACUCAGCAAGGAAUACGCCAAGGCUUCCCUCCAGGCCAGGGUGGCCCUCAAGGUAGAGGUGCUCCUGGCCAAGGUAGAGGAGGUCCUCCACAACAGCAGCAUGGGAUGCAACCACAGCAAAAGCCCAUGGAUAGAGGUAGAGGGAUGGCUCCUGGGUCACAACCUGCAGGUAGAGGGGGAAUGACUCCAGGAACACCACAGAUGGCAAGACCAGGAAGCCAACAAUCUCCAAGACAAGGAUAUCCUCAACAAGGACCUCUUGACCAAAGAAUGCAGAUGGCUGGGUCUCAACAAAUGGGUGGGCCUCAAAAAAUGGGUGGACCCCAGCAAAUGGGUAGCCCUCAGCAAUUGGGUGGUCCCCAAAAAAUGGGUGGACCCCAGCAAAUGGGUAGCCCUCAGCAAAUGGGUGGCCCUCAGCAAUUGGGUGGUCCCCAGCAAAUGAGUGGCCCUCAGCAAAUGGGUGGACCCCAGCAAAUGGGUAGCCCUCAGCAAAUGGGUGGACAAAGACAGAUGGGUGGUCCUCAACAAGGAAGACCCCAGCAAAUGGGUGGACAGCAACAACUGCAAGGCAGACAACCCCAUGGGCCACAAAAAAUGGGUACACCAGAGACAGCACGGAGAAAACUUCAAUACCCUGGUCAAGGGUCUGACCAACAGAAGAUGAAUCAAGGGGCUGAGCGCCGAACUGGAAUGGUAGGACCACCACCCCAGAUUGGUAAUAUUCAGGGUCAUCCAGGUAGUGAACCCAAACAAGUUCCUUACCCUGGACAAAUAGAUGGUAGUCAAGGUCAAGGUCAUCAUCCAGAUACAAGGAUUGUACCAACUCAGAAUGGCAGGCCAGGGACAAGCCCUCAGCACCCGGAAAAGAGAGGAGCUAGGGAUCCUCGGCAUUUUGAUGAUGGAAGAACUGGAUAUAGACCGGACAGUCAGCAGGGAUAUUCCCCAAGAGGUCUUGAUGGCCAAGGUGUGGCGCAUCAACAACAAGAUUCAAGAGGAUAUGGACCUCCACCUCCUAGUCAAGACCAUGUUAAAGGUCGUCCACCAUAUGGAAGUCCCACGCACAUGAUAGGGCAUGGACGAGACUCCCCACAGAAUAGAAUUAAUAAUAUAGGUGGACAUGGAGUUAUGGAGGAUCGUUAUGAUAGUAGACAGUUGGGACGGAAUAGUGAUGGAAUGGCCGGUGAACCUAUGAUGAAUGAGAGAACAGCAACACCUACACAAGACAUCUCAAAUGCAAGUGAAAGUGCUAUCAAAUGGUCUCCACCAGAUGAUGAUAAUAAAUGUAUUGGUGAAGUGCUGCUUACCAGGGACCCAAGGACACCACCAUCAUCCAUGUCAGAGCCAAGUUCUGCCUUUGGUCUUCGAGUGGUAGGCGGUAAAAUGUCGGACGGAGGGAAACUAGCAGCUUUUGUUGUUGAUGUCGUGAGAGGAGGACCGGCUGAUAUGCAAGCAAAACUUCAAAAAGGUGACGAGGUUAUGGAAUGGAAUGAUCAAUCUCUUGUUGAUUGUACCUUCGAAGAAGUUCAAGAAAUCAUCAAUUCUACUGACGAUUCUCCAGAACUUCAUCUCGUUUUAUGCCGAGACAAGAAUAAAUUCCCGCGAAAAGAUACGCGGUUGUCACGUGACCCUGGUAGAAGAGAGUCCCCGACGCGACGUGUACCUACUAGUACGGCAGGCUCUCCAGUCAAAAGAGAUCGUACAUCUCCGCUUAGUAUUAUGGCAGGGCAGCAAGAUUCUCGCCCUACUUUCGGUGCAGAUAGAACAAACGGCCCAACAGGUCCUGGUCGCUUGGCUAACGACCAACCGGGAUUUGGUUCCCAAGUUGGAGACGAUGAUUUCUUUUUCGGAGGAGGUCCUGGGCCUGAUAGUAGAACAGUAGAUGCCGCUGGACAGAAAGGUCGCACACUCAACGGUAGAAUUCAGGUCAAGCUGUCUUACGAUGAAGAUGCCAGUAAUCUAAAUGUAACAGUUGUUGCCGCUGAGGGACUUACGUCAAAGGAAACAUCGACACCACCUAACCCUUAUGUUAGAAUUUACUUCUUGCCCGACAGAAGCAUGCAAAGUAAACGUCGUACCAAGACGGCCAUGAAGACAGCCAACCCAAAGUGGAAUCAAACAUUUGUUUAUCCUUGUAGAAUACAAAAGUUUGGAGGGCGCGCCCUUGAGAUUACUAUCUGGGACUACAGUAAAGUAGGGUCCAGUGAAUUCAUCGGAGAGGCAAUUAUCAAUAUGACCGAAGCAAACAUGGACGGUAGCUUCUGCUGGUAUCCUCUAAAGACACACGACGAGAACGGUGAACCAUUAGCACCACCCACACCUAAUCAGUCCCCUCAAAGCUCUUUCAGAUCCAAAGGACAACGAGGACCGGGAGAGAUUGGUUACGGCAGUGAUUACGAAGAUGAUUCAUUGCGAUACCCGGCACCCAACGGCAUGAUACCCGGAUCACAGGGCAGUGGUUUUGGACCGGAAAGUGAUCGUAUGCACCGGGCCAGUCCUACGAACACGUAUAACCAACAGAUUGUACCAGCUCACACCGGACCGUAUUACCAUAUGUCAACACCGACCACAACGCAUGGCACUUCUUAUCCUUAUACAGCUGCUGACCACAACAGAACGCAACAGUUACAGCUUAGAUCCAUUCAACAUCCGGGACUUGGACGUCCGACUGACGGGCGCAUGUCACCUGGCAUGUCGCCCGUAAUGCAUCAUGGUUAUCACACACUACCGGGGCAGUACCCUUUGGGUCGUACGUCCCCGGUCUAUGGCCCAGGGCAGAAAAAGACCCGGGCGCUACCGCAAUUACCACAUGGAAAAGAGCCAAUGGACGAAGAGGAAAGAGCCCGCGCGGCGAAGCAGAAGUUAAAGGAAAUGGAUAUAGACAAAGCAAAGCUAGUGAUAGGCGGCUCGCGAGGCAGGGUGGGAUACGGUCAGGCGCCUGAUUACUUAUACGGAGAUAUGCCAUAUGACUCCUCCGCGACAUCACCGAGGCCUGGGGGCCACUCACCUCGAAUGUCACCAGUUUCCCAUCCCAGGCAUGCUAUUGGUCCUCCACAUCACAUGGUGCCCCAACAAGACCGCAUGUAUUCUUCUGAUAUUCCACGUGAUGUCGUCCCCUAUGACAGUCACAGAGCUCUGUACUCAUCCCGGGGUGCACCUCGGCAGCGGCGCAACAGCACUAGCAUGAUCCCUACAAUAGAACAAGAUGGUCAUCGUAGCCCAAUGCCGUCAGCCAGCCCCGUGCCUCUUGUACAGACAGGCAAAAGUGCUAGUAUCACUUACCUACCAGCAGCAGAGGGAGGAGAACGAAUACCGAACGGAAGACUGCCAUUCGACCAAAACAUGUCAGGCAGUUUAAACAAUCUUGCUGUCUUGUCUACAGGCGGGUUUAUAAAGACUUCAAGCCGUCAGGUUAUGCGAAACGAGAAUUACAGUGGAAGCGGCAGAAGCAGUCGAUCGUCAUCCAUCGCUGACAGUGAUCGAAGUGGAAGUAUGAAUAGCUUACCUGGUUCUAUUGCCAGUAGUGAAAGUGGAAGGCACGGUCUAUACGCAAUAAUGAACGCUGAAAAUACCAUUCCUUGGGUGCCGCCAAGCCUCAAGCUCGGUAAUGAAGGUCAUCUUGGUGAUUUUAUCGAAGGUUUAGGUCCAUCACAGAUGGUUGGCCGGCAAGUUUUAGCCUCCCCACCCAUGGGUGAUAUACAGUUAGCGUUAUGUUAUCGAAAAGGAGCUUUAGAAGUUGAAGUGAUACGAGCAAAAGGUCUUCUUCCCAAACCAGGCACCAAGAUGUUACCAGCUCCGUAUAUUAAAGUGUACGUAAUGGAAGGAAAAAGAUGCAUUGCUAAGAAAAAGACAAGAACAGCUCGACGAACUUUAGAACCUCUUUAUCAACAAGUUUUAGAAUUUAAAGUAGAUGUCCAAGGCAAAACAUUACAGAUCAUAGUAUGGGGUGACUACGGCCGAAUGGAUCGCAAAGUCUUCAUGGGAGUCGUACAAAUUUUACUAGACGAUCUCGAUCUUAGCAAUCUUUGUAUGGGAUGGUACAAGCUAUUUUCCACCUCGUCCAUGUGCGACCCACCCCUCCCCUCUUCGUCACCUUUAGGAGGCUCACCCAAAAAAUCCCCAGGACCCUCCCCACGGUCGUCCAUGGUGCACGCUGCAAGCCCCCGAAUGUCUCCUUUACCGACAAUAAUGCCGCCACCGGGACACAGCCCGCGUAGUAAUGUUUAUGACGAUCCUGAUGGAGACUAUGUAUAACACUAUCCCAUCACCCCUCCUCUGGGGACAUGUGGACUCUAUUGUUGAUCUCGGAAAAACACUAGCUUGGAAUUUCCGGUCAAGAAAUGAAAUUGAAAAUGAAAAUUGAAAAAAUGGGAAGGAAAAGGAUGCAUUAGAAGAACGAGUAAAGAAUGGAAAAACUGCAAAAUUGAAACAAGGAAUCGAUAUUAGUGCUAAGAUGUUCUGCGUCAAUCAGUACACGAACUUGUAAUAUUUUUAAAAUUGCGAACCCCGUGGGAAAUGCGGCAAAGUAGAAUAUUCACUCUGGAUUAAUCACGUUAUGAACCUCGUCAAAUCUGUUGCCUUCCGGCUCAUUUUUAACUUCGUAACGGCACGAAAUGUUUCUUCUCAACCGCAUUACCUUUUAUGAAUACUUUUCGGAAACUAACUACCGUAAUGCUACAGUUGGUGAUGAUUGGUGACGAGGAACGAAAGCUUAGUCUUCUUAAUAUUGGUGGAAUUAUUAUAUUCCUUUGUGCUCAUUUUACAAAUGGAUUGUGUCCUCCAUACUUUGUUUUGAUUGGUUGUGCUUGGAAUACACAGACCAGUAAAGUAAGAACAUAAAAGAAAAGUGGUUGAGAAAAGCGUCUCUUCCUGGCCGUAUUGAUGGGUUGCAAGCAUUCCCAAGAGAGUUAAAAGACAAAAACAUGGCAGCCAUUGUGGUACCGUUAACAAUGGAUGCUAAUGAGAAAUCUUUUGUUAAAUGGUACCAACGUGGCCGCGAUGACGUAACGUGCAAACGAAGAAUAAUGACCAAAAAUCCUGGACUCGAUGGCGUUCCUUUCAUCUUCGAGCCAUCGACUUUGCGUUCAAUCGCCGUCUUACGUACUACGCUGUGAUACUUCGUUGGUUUGUUUGAUCCGAUUUUGGAGGAAAAGCAAAGCUUAUCUACAACCAAGGAAGCCACUUUACUGUCACGUUUCUAAAUCUUGUGAUAAAAAAUCCAAAGACGUGUACGAAAGGAGAGCCGCUUGUAAUCAAUUAACAGGAUAAAAAGAGACAAGCAAAGCCAUUCAACUGCUGUAUUUUGAACAUAGUGGAGAGGAAAUCAUGGAAAAGAGCAAGGAAGCCAAUGGGAUGCUUUUUUAACUCACGAGAGAGGAAUAUCGGAAAUAAUAACAAAAGAAAGCCAUUUCACUGUUAUUCUAAAGUCAAUUUUAAAAACAGGAACAUUGGAAGCCAUUAAUAUGUUGGUAUAGAUCACGUCACAUGAAAUGUGACUAGAGGAGUGGAAGCCAUUCAACUGAGGAUUUUUUCGAAAAAUGGAAAUGGAAAGCCAUUCCUCUGUCAGAGAUCACGUCAUGUCAAGUUCGACAAAGAGCUAACAAAGGUAAUAAGAAAAUAUUUCAUUUGGUCCAACGAAUGUUUUAAAAUCAUCUGGUUGCGCUAAUGCUUCAAGCUUGAGAGCCGAAGACAUAUUUAAUAGAAUAAAUGCUGAGAAAACUUGAGCAAUAAGAAUCUGCUAUAAAUAAAUAGCUACUGUAAUAAUUACCACGGCUUACUGAGCCAUUAAACUCACCAAAGAUUUAAAAAUUUAGCCGCAUUUUAGAAAAUUAUGCAAUAAGCUUAAAAUGAAUUAGAAAAUUUUAUUAGCACGAAACUUGGUUUGAAGAGAAUUGAAUACGAUGAGACGAAUAAGGACGGAGAAUCGUCGGGCUGUAGAAAAAGCUUUUAUUAUGUAUUAUUCCCGGAAUAUUUAAUGAUUUUAAUUAUGUCACAUAUUAUUUGAAAUGUUUGAAAAUAUUAAUCGUUUUAAAAGAAGAAUGGAGAAAAUUCCAAAAUGAAAUGAAAUAAUAUAAAAUGAAAUGAAAUGAAAUGAACAUCGGAAGCUAUACGCGCUAGACGAAGAUGCUUUCCAAGCCAGAAAACAGAGAUUUUCUACAGAUAUUUAGUAUUAUUUCACAAGUGGAUAAAUAAUAAAUCCGGUGCGUUGUUUGGUCACAAUUUACGUCUUAUGCUGCUUUAUUCACCUACAAGUGAUUAUAAGGCGAACGUAAACGCUCGUUUGUCGAUGUCUGCCGCUUGCAGAGAUAAAUAAAAAAAUUUGGGGGGGAGGGGAAUGCUCUUUCCGUUAUUUAUUAAAUUCACUUGUGUUAAAAAUACUAAAGUUAAAAUGUAAUCUCAAGAUAUGUUUAUUCACUGUUAUCAUAGUAAUAAUAGUUAAUAAUUUUAAGUUUUUACACACUUUUAUGAAUUUUAAAAAUAGUCCGAAAUUCCAAUUACCGAAGAUUUUUAUCCUGGGAAUUUUAGGAGCGUUGCUAGGGACGGUUGCUAGGCUUACGCAUACCUUAAAUUGUAUUCGUCAAAUUGAAAUAUGGAUGCCAUAUGUUGAAAUCGUAAGUUUUUUUUUCUUCAGUCUUCGAUAAGGUGCUUAAAACCUUUGAUUUCCAGAAACGUCUUCCGCUGUUUCCUCAUUCGAGGUACCAUUACACCAAGAAAAAUUGAAAAAAGAGAAGGAAUCCCCACGCUACAACAUGAGCAAUUGUGAUGCUAUUUUUACAAUCAUUCAUUUGAACGUUUGUUUUUCGGCACGCGCACGCUCUACGCUAUUUGCCCAUGUUUUCUUGUGUUUUUCAACAACAACAACAAAAAACGUAUGCAAAUAGCGUAGAGCGCGCGCAGUUUGCCAGAGGAAAAAAAACGAAAAACGAAUAAUGAUUCUAUAAAUAGCAUCAAACGGUGCCUAUGGUUACAAGCAUGAAUACCAGAGAUUCCUUCUCUUAGUUCAUCUUUAUAACAUUCUGACAACCGCAAAAAUUGGGAUAAAAAAUAUAUGGCCUCCAUAUAUCGAUUCGGUCGUAGUUAAUCACAACUAAAUGAUCACUUCUGUGACUUUAGGGAAUUUUAUUAGAUAAGGUUAUUUCAAAAUAUCCACACACAAGCACACAUACGUCACUACAAACCUAUAUCUGGUGAAUAUUAGCAAUUCCGAGCUUGAGGAAAAAAAACUGGAUUGAGUUGGCAUUGCAAUGCAUUGUGGGACUGUUUUAGGGAACAUAUUUCCAAGAUGGCGUCUAUUUCGUCCCCCAACAGUCCCAAAAUGCACUGCAAUCCAACUUGACCUAGUUUCAACCCCUCGGCCUCAGAAUGGCUAAUAAAAACGAUUGGGAUACUUAAGUAUAUUUAGCAGUUUACGUAGUAAGCGGUAGCUAGGACUUGUAGAUAUUGGGAGUGAGUUCUAGUACCAGGACGAAAGAAUAAGAGGCUUUUUGAACUCAAUUCGUAUUUUCUUCCUUUACGGAUUUUAUUCUUUCUUUGUACAUUACAAACGAUUUCCUAAGCUGUAAGAUGAUAUUUUGUAUGUAGGAUUUUUUUGUACAUAGAAUCAACAUGGUUUCGAGGCCUUCAUGUAAGACUUUAGGCCAUAUUAUAAUACCAAUCUAUGUGUUUUGCACAACGUUUAUUGUCAAUUUAUAAUUCCUCGUAUAUACUCAGAUUAUUCGAAAAUAAAUGAGAAAACCUCUUGUUCUUUUGCCCCGAGAAUGGAACUCAGCGAGUCACGAAAAAGACAGUUAAUUAUAUCUCGAAAAAUAUUUAAUAAAUUCCAAAAGUUAUCAAAUAAAAAGUGUUUACGAGACAGAGAUAAUUUA